AUGUUCAAGAAACCUCUGAGCAAUCUCAAGACUUCUGCCCCUCUCAGAAGCUCGGAUCGUAGAAAGCUGAAGCAACGGGCUAUCACAAGCUACAGUCUAACGCCGGAAGAGGGUGAUGUCUUGGUGCCAGAUGGGAUUUUAUCUGUGAAGUUUAGCACUCAUGUUGACGAACCUGGCGUUGCAUAUCUGAGUUCCGAUGGAGACCCUCUAUGGUUCACCAUUGGAAAAGGAACUGAAUUGGAUCUGAUUCCAACGAUCUAUACGCUCUGGAAGAAACAAGACCUCCUUCCAUACUUGUCUACGCCGUCAGCUGUUACACCGAUACUGAUUGGAGGAGCCGACUUGAUGAUACCCGGAGUCAUACACUGCCCACCAGCACUUCCACCGCAACAACUUGUCGCCAUUCGGCAGUUCAUUAGGAAAGAUGGACAGCCGUUUAUCUCACCUCCAGUAGCUGUAGGGUGGAUGGCACUUCCAAGUGAUCAGCUUCGGACAGCUGCGAAGGAAAAGGGCAAGGCGGUACACAUCGCACAUACCUGGAAGGAUCAUCUGUGGGAUAUGGGUUCUAAGUCUGACAUCCCAGAUGACACCACCAUUAGUACAGGACCUGGGGAGGAGACAGCAGGAGACUCAAGUGACGGUGAAAACGAAGAUGAGGGCAAAAGUAGCGCUACUCCUCCUCCGCAUAGUGAUGGACCAGUUAGUCCCAGCCCUGAGCCAUCUGUAACAUAUAGCGCCGCAGAAGUGACCGAACUACUCGAUAAAUCCUUACUACAAGCCAUCAAGACAUCACUUCCCGGUUCUUCAUUCCCGAUCCCUGCGACACAAUUCUACUCGAAUUACAUCCUCCCAUCGCGACCUGCUUUCCCCACCCUCAUUGUCUCCCCCGCUGGGUAUAUUCCCUCCUCUUCUCCCAGAAGUGAUGCCCCAACAGUCAUAACAGAUAUCACUAUUAAAACUUCCACUCACAAGUCCCUGACUGCGUUUCUGAAAGUUGCCGAAAAAGCGUCUCUGCUCACUUUGAAGCCGCCACAGAAGAACCAACCUGAUGUACUUGUUACGUCGGUCAACGGGUCUCAUCCAAGUGUCGUUGACCAUGCAUCAUUUGUCACAGUAAAGGAUAUCGAAACAACGGCCGUCAAAAAAGCAGCGCGCGAAGAAAAAGAAAGAGAAAGCCAAGCGCACAAGGAUAUUGAGAUACGAGAGUUAUACAAGCCUCAUCAGACAAGCAUAGAAUUAUUUGAAGGCAUGGGGGCCAGCAAAUCGGAUCUGUAUACAAUUCCUGAAAUUCGAUCGCUAGUCAACAAUUACAUUACCUCCCACAACCUCGUUAAUGCUCGCGAACAGGCAUACAUCAACUUGGACGAGCUGCUGUAUUCUUGUGUGUCGGUGAAGCAAAAGGCAAAGUCAAAGAGCAAAGAAUCGGAGUCCGAAACACCUCAGUUCAUGAAGCGGGACGAGCUCACGAAGAAGAUCAUCGCUAAGAUGCAAAGCUGGUAUGAGAUACGGCCAGAUGGUCGUGAUCCUGUUACAAAGAAAGGGACUUUAACACCUGUUCAAGUCGUAAUGAAAGUCCGCCAGGGCCGUAAAGCAUCGACUCUCAUUACGGGAUUUGAGCCCUUCUUUGUUGAUGCAGAAGAAAUGGCAGAAGACCUCCGUAAAGCUUGCGCUGGUUCUACAUCUGUUUCUCCCAUUCCAGGGAAGCCUGCGGGUGCUGGGCUGGAAGUUUUGGUGCAAGGAAAGCAAUCUACGGCUGUUGUGGAAUAUCUUACCGCGAAAGGUAUUCCGAAGAAAUGGAUCGAGGUUGCCGACCUUUCCGGAAAGAAAUAA